AUUACACGGUCGGUGGAUGCCGUGGAAGCACAUAAACAAAACAUCAAAAUGUCCAACACUGAGAAUAUACCGACUGAUGUGGAAGGCAAAAAGUCCAAGGUGGACUUGGAUACUAUCCUGGUUCAAGAACUAGGCCAAUUUGGAUUAUUCCAACUUAAGACCGUUAUCCUGGCCGUCAUUAUGGUGAUAUUCUCGUCUUGGGGCGCUAACGAAUAUGUGUUCACUACCUCUAGAAUUAACACGAGAUGCUUGAUACCGGAGUGUGAUGCAGCUGAGCCGGAGUUCUCUCCUUCGUGGAUCCUGAACGCUGUUCCAGAUACUUCCUCUAGCUGUCAGCGGUAUGGGAACGUGUCAGCUGUUGCUACAGUGGACACAUGUCCAGCUGAACUCUUCGACACCAGCACUCUGCUCGACUGCGAGGAGCGAGUGUACGAAAACACGCACUCCGUUGCUUACGAUUAUGAUCUUGGCUGCGAGGAAUGGCUUCGCUCGUUGAUUGGAUCUAUACGUACAGUGGGCACCCUCACCGCCCUGCCCAUUACUGGAUUCAUCUCAGACCGGUGGGGCAGACGCACUGCGCUCGCUCUCAACGCAUUCAACACCGCCUGGCUGGGCGUAGUCAGAUACUUCGCUGGUACUUACCCCGGCUUCGUCAUAUCCGAAUUUGUUGAAGCUACUUUGGGUUCUGCUGGAUUUUCUUGCGCUUAUAUAUUAUUGAUGGAGAUCGUGGGCCCUAGGUUCCGUGUGGCCGCCGGCGCAACUAUGAACACGUUUUUCUCUGUUGGUCAAAUUACCUUGGGUCUUAUUGCAUGGGGUGUGCCUAAUUGGAGGGAUCUUACCUUAGUGCUUUACAUACCACAACUCUUAACCAUAUCAUAUUUCUGGAUAAUAACAGAAUCAGUACGGUGGUACAUGAGCAAAGGUCGUUAUGUAGAAUCUGAGAGAGUUCUGAAAGAAAUCGCUAAGGUGAACCGUAGGCAGCUGUCUGAGCGGUCACUAGAAGCAUUGCGAGCUACAAACGAGGAAGAGAAGAAGAAAGCAGAAUUGGAACAAUUGCAGAAAGAGAAUGAGCCAUGGCUGAUAGUACUGGUAUUCCGGCACAAACAAGUUCUGAUCAGGUGUUUGGUGUCGCCAGUUUGGUGGAUCACAACCACAUUUAUUUACUACGGCUUGUCGAUUAACGCAGUAAAUAUGACUGGAAAUAGAUACGUGAACUAUGUCGCGGUGUCUUCAGCACAGAUUCCAGGGUAUUGGACCUCGGUGCUACUCAUGGGUAUAAUCGGAAGGAAGCCAGUGCUGAUUAUUGCCUUCUGGGUGUGUGCCGCCUGUCAAAUUGGAUAUAUCUUUAUGCCUGACGAGCAAUAUGCCGCAUCGCUGGCGCUGUACUUGAUCGGGACGUACUGCAUUGCGAUGGUGAUGACGUCAGUGUACGUGUACACCGCCGAGCUGUACCCCACCAAGUAUCGCCACAGCCUGUUCGCGUUCUCUUCCAUGAUGGGCAGGAUCGGCUCCAUACUGGCACCGCUAACUCCCGCCUUGGGCACAGCAGUAUGGGAUAAGCUACCUUUCCUGCUGUUUGCUAGCUUAGCUUUCCUAUCUGGUUGCUUGAUAUUCAUCACUCCAGAGACCCAUGGCUCCAAGUUCCCAGACACCAUGGAGGAGGCCUCCAACAUUGGUAAAAAUAAACUUAACCCCUAAACUAGUAUUUUGAACGUUCAGAUCUGUAUGUUAAGUUAAUAAUAUAAUAUUAUUUAGUACGUAGAAUAAGCGACCGAUCACACGGACUGGCUCGAAGAGGAGAUCAGAGGGCCAUGUAAUAUUUUCCGAAAUUUCGGAGCCAAACGAAACACAAAUUUGAUGUUAAAAUUACAUAAUACAUGCCGUUUGGAAAUAUUAAAAAUGUUAAAAUAUUGUUCCUUUGGACUUUUUUGAUAGGAUGUAUGACGAACGAAAUGUUAAACUCCAUUUCGGAAUUUCAUUUCAUGGUAGACCCGCUGAUCUUUAUCGCGUUUUAAAAUAAGUUUUAGAUAAUUGAAAUAAGGUUUAUUUUUAUAUUUUACUUUUUUAUCACUCUCAAACAUUCUCAUGUAAUAAAAUAAGUGCAAAAGUAAAUAUAAAUCUUAUUUCAAUGAUAUUAAAGUCUGCUUUCUCCUCAUAGCCGGUCUGUUUCGGCAUGCAAAUAUUUUUUAACCGACUUCUUAGAGAGUGCUAAAUGUGUUUAUAUAGAUCCUUUUUAUUAUUUUGACUCUUUUAUCCAUGAUCCUGUUCAUCAUAAGUCCACCAUUUCUAUUGCAAAGUUUGGACAUUGAUUUUGUGGCUUGUUUAAAACAAGACACAAAAUACGCAAUCCCACCACAUAGAAACUGUUAUAAAAAUGUUACUUGUUGUUACAUUCGUGUAGUAAGUAAGUAUGUAUGUGUCAUUAUCACAACGAUCAAUAAAUUCAUCGACUCGGUUGGCGUGAAACGCAGCAUUUUCAAAUGAUUUAUUAUUUUCUUACUGUAUCACUUCCGUCUUUUUUGCAUGUUUGUUUUUUUAAUUAGUUUUUUUUUUUUAAUUUUCUAAUCUAUUAAAGGUGAAAUUGUUUUUUAAAUUAAGCUUUUUAAGUUUCACAUAUAAUUUUAUUAAACUGUACCUACAAUUACAAUUAAUAUUGUGUAAUGACUGCUAAUUUAUAUUAUGUGUCAAAUAAAACGUAUUUAUUAGUAAUUACCAAAUAUGUAUUUAUUUACCUAAUCAAAAUUAUAUCCUACUGUAACAUUUAAUACACAGUAUUUAUAAUGUUUCUAUUUAAAUUUUUAUUAAAUGUAUGGGUGAC